UCGCACGUAGGCGGGGCUUGUUUCCAGGAAGUGUGUAACGUGACUACGGGCCUCACAUUGUCGUUCAAAUCUACUUUUUGCGUGUCAUUCUCGCAUCUAACGUUUGAUUUAACCGGUUUUAAAUCCACCAACAUGGGAGACGAUGAGGACAAGUUUGACGGCAUGUUGCUUACCCUGGCGCAACAACAGGAAGGAGGAAUACAGGAGCUAGUAAACACAUUUUUCAGUUUCCUGCGCCGCAAAACAGACUUCUUCACCGGUGCUGAACCAGGUGCUGCAGAGAAGCUUGUCAGAGAUGUUGUCGUCCACCACAACAAGCUAGCGAUGAAGUCCCAAAAAGAAAAGCAGAUGAAACUGGAGAAGGAAAAGAAAGCGAAAGCUGAAAGAGCAGCAAAGUUAGAGGAGGAGAAGAAAAAGAAAGAGGUUCCAAGGAUUCAGGAGCUGACCGACGAAGAAGCAGAGAAACUUCAGUCUGAACUCGACAAGAAAAAGAAAGAAGAGGAGAAAAAGAAGGUGGAAACAUCAACGAAGGCCGAACCAGAAAAGGAGGACAAAGUAGAGAAAGAGAAGGGGACUGAGUCCGACGGAGAGGAGGAUGAGAAGGACAAAGAUAAAAUGAAGCCCAACGCAGGAAACGGAGCCGACCUGCCCAACUACAAGUGGACACAAUCCCUGUCUGAAGUAGACCUCGUCGUGCCUUUUGACGUGAAGUUCCGCAUCAAGGGGAGAGACGUGGUGGUGGACAUCCAGCGACGCACCAUCAAGGUGGGGCUGAAGGGACACCCGCCCGUCCUGGAGGGCCAGCUGUGCAACGACGUGAAGGUGGAGGAAAGCAACUGGCUCCUGGACGACGGAAAGGUUGUCACGGUGCACUUAGAAAAGAUCAAUAAGAUGGAGUGGUGGAGCAAGAUUGUGACCACAGAUCCAGAAAUCAACACCAAGAAAGUGUCUCCAGAGAACUCAAAGCUGUCCGAUCUGGACGGAGAGACGCGUGGUAUGGUGGAGAAGAUGAUGUACGACCAGAGGCAGAAAUCCAUGGGCCUGCCGACAUCUGAAGAGCAGAAGAAACAAGACAUUCUCAAAAAGUUCAUGUCUCAGCACCCGGAGAUGGACUUCUCUAAAGCCAAGUUCAGUUGAGACUCUCAGAGAGUGACGUCUCCAAGCAUCCGAUCGGAGCAUCAGGCUCUGCUUACAGGACAGAUUUAUGUUGACUAACGUGUCUCUCAUGCGUUUAAGUGCAGAGCUUCGUGUGUUUCUGUUUGCAUGUCGUCUCAAUAUUUAAAGAUGUGUAUGGAUUUUUUAAAUAAACAAACAUAAAGUGUAA